AUGGAUGCUCCCAAGCAGUGCACAGAGAUGAGGUUUGGGUGGACGAAGCGCGUCACCAUCCCUGCCUGGGUCUACGGCUUCAUCGCCAACGGGGACACUUUCCAGGUCGCGUUUGCCGUCUUCACGUCGGGGACGUAUGGCAACCUCGGCUUCCUGGAGCCAAUGCACAUCGGCGAGAGCGAAGACGACAGCUGCCUUGCCGCAGGCAGCUAUGGAGUGUCCAUGCUCGGCGCCGGUGGGGGUAGCAGCUGGGCGCCCGUCGAGACACCUUCCGAGGUCUGGGCAGAAGCACGGGGCGCUGUCGUCGGAAGCGUGCUUGGCGCUGCGGCACUGAUCGCUCUUCUCGUAUGGUACUUCUUGCGCUGUGUUCGUGCGGUGCGCGGAAACUAUGCCAUCGACCUGCAGGAUGAGGGCGAGGUAGAGCCUCUCAGCGCAUUGGAGGCUCUUGUCACACCUCUCGCCAUGAGUCGACGUUCGACCUCCAUCGGAAAGAAGGAUAUGUCGGUCCCACGGCUUUUGUCCGAGGGAUACACAGCCGCGCAGCUCAGUGGGGUAGGCCACCUGGACGCAGGCGAGGCAGGGCCAAGUACGCACACAUGGGAGCCAGAGAAUGAUGCGGCCUACGCCGACGCAGUGCUCAAGAAGCGACCCUCCAACCUACGCUCAGGUCCUGUACGUGACUCGUCCAGGGAACCAAACGGCAAGCGCGGAGGGUGA